AUGGAGACCAGACGGUCUACAAGAUUAUUUCAGAAAACACUUUUAGCUAACAAAUUAACUCUUUCUGAAGGUCCAGUCGAUGUAGAACGCCAAUGUGGAGUCCUGAAAGAUGGUGUUCCUUGCGCCCGCUCCUUAACCUGCAAAUCGCAUUCUAUGGGAGCUAAAAGAGCUGUUCCUGGUCGUACCUUACCUUACGAUAUGCUUCUUUCGCAGUACCAGAAGAAAAACCAAGCCAAACAACAAAAAGCAGCAAUCGACGCCAAUGCCCCUCUUGAAGACGAAGAACUACUCAAUGGCCCUAUCGACUCUGACGAAGAACUUCUCGCCGUUCAAUCUGGUCUCGCAAAUUGGAAUCCACAACCUUUAGUCCCACCACUUAUACAAUAUCCAAUCCAGUAUCGAUACAGAGAUGAGAGAUUAUGGGAACAAUUACAUAACGCUACCAAUGGAUUUACAUUAAAUAUCUGUAAGGUAGUCCAGAAAGCGUCACCGGCAAUGGAGAACGGAGAGGAUGCUGUGGGAGAUGAGAUAAUGGGGGGAAUGGGAGAUGGUACAAAUGAAAAUGGAAAUGGGGAAAUGGGCUUGCCGGGUAGAAGACCGAGUGGAUUUUCGUUGCAGAAUGCUCCACAAAGAAAACAAAGUAUGGCUGCAAGAGUUUGA